GAGGGGGGCGGGGACUCAGAAGGAGCCGCUUCAUAUCGGACUGGUCCCGGCGUCCCGGACAACAAAUGGCCGUGAACCGACAGAGAGGGAGAGUGUGAUUCUUGUUUCUGCUCUCUUUUUUUGUGUAUACGUCUACAGUGGGAGCCGUCUCCAUGCUCACGUAGAAAGGUACGAGGGGGCAAGAAGCGCUCUUUAUUCUCAUACUCAGAACAUUUUAUCCAUUCGGCAGAAGAAUGGGAGAGUCCUGUUGACACCACGGAGAGAUACACGCUGAGACCGACUAUGGCUGUGGACGCGGCGUCCAGCUUCAGCUUUUGCCGUGCCUCCCUGGAGCACACGCUGUCUGCUGAGGAGCUGAGCUACCAGCUGCCGCGCCGCCCCGGAGGCAGCAACCUGACCUGGCACGACGGCCGCGGCCAGAGGACAGCACACACGCGCACCGUCAAACUCCUGCAGCAGCCCGGCACAGAGGGCAUCCAGUUGCGUCCAGGUGAAGCCUUCACUGUGUAUCACACCAGCCCUACUCUGUCCAGUCUGUCCAAACCUGUGGUGCUGUGGACUCAGCAGGAUGUCUGCAAGUGGCUUAAGAAACAUUGUCCUCACAACUACCUGACAUAUGUAGAGGCCUUUUCCCAUCAUGCCAUCACAGGACGGGCGUUGCUUCGUUUGAACGGGGAAAAGCUAGAGAGGAUGGGAAUCGUCCAGGAGACGCUGAGGCAGGAGGUCCUCCAACAAGUCCUCCAGCUGCAGGUCAGAGAAGAGGUCCGCAAUCUGCAGCUCCUAAGUAGAACCUCCUUUGGAAACUUCUCUUAGCUCAUCCAUUUGGCAGCCCUUUCCUUCAUCCCCUGUCACAAUACAUCUCCAGGAGCCAUGGAAGAGCUGCUGUCUUCAGAUAUGUGAGCGGAGAAUCGUAGAGUGAAAGGGGAAAGGACGAGCCUAUAGACCAGAUGCCAACCAGUCUGGAGGAUUCUCAUUCAACGCGGCCAAUUUGGUUUACAGACACUGAGACAGAGACAAAGCCCUGCUCAAGGCAGGGGUACCCACUGUAUCAUUGUGAUAAGAUGUAAGAUUCACAACCCUAGUGAGGAUGUAGGCCUGUCACUGGUAUUUGCUUGAUCGCAGCAAAUCUCCUUUUGGUUUCAUGUCACAUUUGGAUCGCAUCAUUUGGGCAUUUUUCAGAAGAACACUUGGGUAAAUUUUGACAUAAGCUGUUACAGGUCAUGCGCACCACCAGGAUCCAUGUUGUCUCCUCUCUCUUUCUGGUUAAGGUCAUUACAUGAAUCACUCGUUGGCAAGGUUCUAUAAAGCCUUAACCCUCAAGCCAAGCGAUCCUGAAAACAUGAGGAUGAUGACUUUUAUUACAUGCAAUGCCAGCAUGUGGCCAUUCGAGCUUCAUUUGAUCUCAAUCUCCCUCACCAAACCUGUUCACAAAGAAUCUCAGCUGAUCUGGACUAAAGCCAAUACAAUCUUAAUAAACUCUUCAUCCACAGGACACACUCACAUUUCCCUUUUAGGACAUGCGUUUUGGAAAUGUAGGUCUUCAGCAUCAACAAUAACACUUUAAGCUGAAUGUCAUUCCUACAAUCUGUUGUUUUGUAUUGCAACUAAUCUGCAGUAAGAAAUUAGAAACAUAUAUACAGUAUGUUGUAGAAUAACAUAUUAAUGUACAUGCACAGUACCUUAGUCUUUUCUAACGGAGUGGAUCUAGAGGUCACACAGUUAAUGUGAUAAUCACUGACUGUCGAUGCUUUAUAAAGCAAUAACAUAAACGAUAAAAGGUGAAGAUGAGAAGCACUGUAUGGGAUUAAAAAAAAAAUUGAGAUGAAAGUAUGGGUGUGUCCUGAGAGAACAAUGGUGUUGGAGAGAAAUAUAGCUUUUGUCUGUUACUGGGCAGCAUUUGCCAGCCUCAUGGCGUCUUAUAAUGUUUGUCAUCUCACAGAUACAAAUAUAAGUAUAAAGGACAAGGCUUGGUUUUGUUCUACCCACUCUCAGUCCCUGAUGUGACACUGAUUUCAAAUGCCUAGAAAUCAGAAUACUUUGACAGCUACCCAGAUGUAAGAUUCCCAGCGCAACUCAAGCAAGCACCUUGAUGACACAGGAGAAGACGUUUCAGUCUCUUAAAUAAAUGAAUUCAAUAGAUUAAUAAUCUCUGAACAAACAUAACCUAACCUUCUAACAUACCUUCAUUCGUCCUUUGACAAGAAGUCUUUGGGUAACAUCAGUAUUUGACUGUUAAAGGGAGAGAAACUCUGUAUUAUUUUUGGAUAAUGUGAUGUACUGUAAAUAUGAACUCUUUUGGGUUACUUUGUCAGAUGAUUGAUGAGCUGUUUAAAUGCAAAAAAGGGAAAAUGAAACAUAUUUAUCUGCUUUACAGAUAUGAAGACAUAUGAUGUGGAAUAUGAUGAAAGCUGUCUUUUUAGAAUAAAGUAAUUGAGAUUCA